AACAGUCAACCUUCAAAUCAAUAAAGCCAGAAAAUUUUGUUUUUUGUUUUUAGUUUUUACUAUUUCGAUUUGAUUUGAAUGCAUGUGUUUAUCUAGUGCUGCAAAAUAAAUUUUAUCAGAAGUACUAACGAUAUUGAUUAUUGAUCACCAUGUCUAUUAUAAAGGAACCAGUGAAUUUGAAGGCCUUAAUGGAAGGUGGGUAUGAAUUUACCGUCAAUAAUGAUGAUGAAGUUAUACAACAAGACGAUCCUGAAGAGGAACGUGAAUAUAAGAAUAAUUUAUUAAAAUUCAUGAACAUGCAAGUAGCAGGAGAUUUUCAGGACGAAGAUUCCUAUGUUCAAGGUCAGCCAUUUGAAGUCAUAUCCUCUAAAAUGAAGAAUCUGACGAAUGAUGGAGCAGUUAAGAAGAAAGUGAUUCGAGAAGGAUAUGGAGCGAAACCACAGGAUUCGGAAAUGGUGCGUGUGCAAUACAAUGCCUAUAUAGAAUACAAUGCAGAACCUUUUGAUUCUACUUAUGCCAGAAAUAGACCUCAUCAGUUUCUUAUAAACUGUGGUGAGGUCAUUGUUGGGUUAGAUAUAGCUGUGCAAAGUAUGCAAGUGAGUGAAAAAUCCCAAUUUUUAAUCCAACCAAUGUUUGCGUAUGGUGCCCUUGGUUGUCUUCAAAGAGUUCCACCAGACACUGAGGUUUUAUUUGAGAUAGAACUGGUAGAAAUUGUAAAUAUAGGGGCUGCGAAAAGAUUUGAAGCAUUACCAAAAGAAGAACAAAAUAAUUUCUUAUUUGUUUACGAGUAUUGUUUGGCAUUAUGUGCUAAAGGUAAAGAUAUAUAUUCAAGAAACAUUAAAGGUGCUAUAAGGGAGUACAACAUGGCUGUAUCAAAAUUAGAAAUGUGUCAAUUAGACACUUAUGAAGAUCAAGUCAAACAACAGGAAUUAUUGUUAAAGUUAUACUCUAAUUUACUGGUGGCUUGUACUAAAACUGAAGAAUAUAAAAAAGCAUGCAUUAAUUUUAACAAAAUCAAUGAAUUGGUGAAAGGAACUGAUCUAAAAAUUUCUGCUAAAAUGUAUUACAACAGUGCUAAAUGCCUAAGAAUGUUGGGAGAUUACCAUUUAGCCAAAAGAAGAUUAAAUGAAGCACUAAAAUUAGAACCCAAAAAUAAAGAAAUUUUGCAGGAACUAGUUGAGUUGGAACAUACGAUUAAACAAUACAAAGAAAAAGAAUCUCUAGUUGCCAAAGCUUUUAUAUCUGGACAAAAAGCAUAAAUGCUAACAAUUAUGAAUUUUUGACGAAUAUUAUAUAUUCUACCUUUUUUUAUUUUGUUAAAAUAUUAAUGUCUCAGUGGCGGCUCUAGAAAAUUUAACUGGGGUAGGCAAAUUACCGGGGGGUGUGGAAGUUUUUAUAAUUAUUCAGCUGGAAAUCACUUUUUAGCGAAUUUUUGAUUAGAAAAUGGUUUCAUGACAAGAAAAAAAGGUCUCAUGGCAAGACUUUUGAGGUCCCAGAAACCCAAAAAUAAUAGACGUAUAUAUUAAUAUAUUAUGUCCGUAAACAUGAUAACUUCUGAACAAAAUAUAUUUUUAUAAAUAAUUAACCAGAGUAUUAUGCAGCUGCUGCAUUUUCGUUUUGCAAAGAAAUUGAGAAUGUUUAUACAUUUUUAAUUCAUUUACUCUUUUGAGUAUUAAGGAAUCUUUCUUGUUGGAGCUUUACCAUGCUGAGUAGAUGAGUUGUGAAUUAUUUAAAAUUCUCUCAUCUUAAUUUUCUCGGCACCUGUAUGACUUAUAAAUUGUAAAAGUCUCAGGAGGUGUAACCAAAGAAAGUAUUCCACCUGUUGUCAAUCUGGUGGUACGGAGGCGAUAUUUAUUGUCGUUUUCUGCGCUGCUUCGAUUGAUAACUUAGUUUGUUUUCCGGUAGAUGGCCCUAGUUCAUCCGUGACAUUUCUUUCUUUGCAAUUCGGGAAGGCCCUAAGCUAUGGUAAAUGGUUAAAGCGGAGAGAAGAGGAUAUGGGUUUACUGAUGAGGGGAAAAGAUCUCCGAAACCGGUAUAGACUCUUCCUGCACUCUCCGCUUUAACCAGAGUAUUAUGCAGCUGCUGCAUUUUCGUUUUGCAAAGAAAUUGAGAAUGUUUAUACAUUUUUAAAAUAUAUUUUACUUAAAACUAUAAAUUUAAGCUAAUUUUACUUAACUAGAAAUUUUACUUAACGAUUUAAGUUAUCUGAGAAUUCUUACUAGUAGAAAUGGGAUGUAAAUGUAAAUAAGACACUACUACAAUAGUCUUAUGUGAGAUACCGUUUUAUGUUGAAAAUGUUUGAACAUUUUUAGAGUCCAUCUUAGACAAAACUGUAAUCUUCUCCCUUUUUUACUUGCAAAUUCGUCAACUACCGCCUCUGAGUUGCUCAACAGCUUGUAACUUAAUUGUUUUUCAAUGGAAAUUUUAAUACGCCCCAUAGUUGAGAUACUUCUUUCGGCUGAAGCUGAACUUACUGGCAUUACUCGAACAACUGAAACUAUCUCCUUCGGUUCUGUAUAUGACAUAAGAAUCACAAAUGUCUGUGUAGAGAUAGAUCAUGUUUGUUUUUACACUUAGAAAACAUAGAUUUCCCUAGGUCACAUUGCGUUUUCAGCUUGGUACAAAAUGUUUAAUCCUUCCCCCAAAGUUUAGCAAGGAACACAGCAUUUCUGAAUCUAAAAAGCUAUUUGAGUUUGGAUCAUAAGAUAAAAUCCAAGUUAGCAAACUUGAGUUUUCUGAAAAACGCCUUUGCCCUUCACUUAGAAUAUUGUCAGUUAUACUAAAGAGUUCAAAGUUUAAUAGAAUAUUCUGAGAAACGUCAAAACGUGACAUAUCUUGUCACUAUGUAGGUCCCUUUUAACGUCUUUGAUCCCCCAUUUGAUGUAAAGUUGAUGCAGCUUGGAAAGCAUAAAUAGCUUCUAAAAUACCGAUAGCAUCACCAACUGAUUGAACAUUUUUUAAUUGCAUCAACAAAAACCAAGUUGAGUCUGUGAGGAAUGCAAAUAUGGACAAGGGUUUUUGUCAUUCCUCUUAUUUUCGCUUGCGCGCCUCUGAACUCUCCUGACAUUACGGAAGCUUCGUCAUAAGACUGGCUGACACAACAGUAAAUGUCAAGCCCAAUGUUGUGUAAAUAAUCUACGAUUUUAUUAGACAGAUAUGAUGCAUCGAGCUUGGAAAGUUACACGAAACCAAGUAAUCGUUCACUUAAGCCUGAUUUAGAACAUAUCGGCAACAAAUAAUCAUAUGUUCUCUUUGGACUUCGUCCCGUGCUUCAUCAAGCUGUAGCAUUUGCUUCCAUUUUGUAUUUCGUCUACCAAUAUUUCUUACAAUAAUGUUAGAAGCUGAAACGCAUAAUAUACGUUUGUCUGUAGCGUAGUAGUUUUAUAUUAGCAUUUGCUUCCAUUUUGUAUUUCGUCUACAAUAUUUCUUACAAUAAUGUUAGAAGCUGAAACGCAUAAUAUACGUUUGUCUGUAGCGUAGUAGUUUUAUAUUUACUUAUAGAAAAUCGUAUGUGUUAUUAGUUUACCAUUUAAAUAUAGUACGUCUACUGUAAAACAUAAGAUUAAAAUAUCAAUUAAUGAAAUGAAACUAAAACAUUUUACCCAUAUUAUGCCUAGCCGCUAGAGCCGCCAUCGAUUAAUGUUAGUUUAUAUUCUUCUAUAAUAAAGAAAUAUUGAAAAUUUU